AAUAAUAACAAUAAUUUAAAAAAAAAAACAUAUAAAAUCAUCAAAUAUAAGGAAAAAACGUGGCUAUAAACAAUUGACGCCAGUGUAACGUGUUUGAGAUGUCCUUAAAAAGUGAUCAGGAGAUAUUGGAAAACUCAAUGCACGAAGAUGAUCCAAAUGGCAAUUCCGCGCUGGAACAAACGUUUACAGAAAAAGCCUCACCAAGAUGGGGUCCACAACAUAAGGGAGCUCAAGAAUUGGCACAAUUAUAUAGUCCAGGAAAACGUGCUCAGGAAUUUCUUUGUGUUUAUACGUGUAUUGGUCUAAUGAUAAUUGAUUUUAUUUUAAUAUUAAAACAUUUUCAUUUCGAUCGAAUAAUUGUCACCUGCAUAUCGGCAAUAUGUGGCAUAAUUACAGCAGAUUUUGGUUCUGGUCUUGUGCAUUGGGCAGCCGAUACUUGGGGUUCAGUAGAACUUCCCAUCAUUGGAAAGAAUUUCUUACGCCCGUUUCGAGAACAUCAUUUAGAUCCUACGUCCAUAACACGUCAUGAUUUUAUCGAAACAAAUGGUGAUAAUUUUAUGGUCAGCAUUCCGAUAUUGGGAUUUUUGGCCUAUAGUUUUAAUACAAAAUCGCACAAUGACAUACAGCAAGAUUUCGGUUGGAUUUCAUAUUUAUUUCUAUGUUCGAUUUUUGUUGCCAUGACCAAUCAGAUUCACAAGUGGUCGCACACAUAUUGGGGUCUACCAAAAUGGGUACUAUUUAUGCAAAAUUAUCAUAUAGUGUUGCCUCGCAAACAUCAUCGCAUCCAUCAUGUUGCACCGCAUGAAACUUAUUUUUGCAUAACAACCGGUUGGUUAAAUUGGCCAUUGGAGAAGUUAAGAUUUUGGUCACUGCUAGAGAGUCUUAUCGAACAUUUGACAGGUCUUAAGCCACGCGAUGAUGACUUAAAAUGGGCUAAAAAAGUUACAUAGCUAUUUAUAGAAUUCAAAAAAUGGACCAAUAAAAUUUAAUUUACGAGAACUACAUACUACGACAUCUACUACUAUUUAUUAAAAGUGAAAAAAUGCAACACAAACAAUUUAAAGAAGAAUUCAACUAUUUAUCUUGCUGAAUGUACAAACAAAAAACAA